UGAUGGGGAUUGGGAACAAAAUUGGGAUUGUGCUGACAAUCUCAGAUGCAGUUUGCUGGUGGAUACAGCACACCAUAAGCUGGUUGUGGUUGUAGUUAUGGUUGUGGUGUGAGGGGUGGAUGAUGCUCCACUUUGUCCUGGAUCUGAUGAUUCAGCCGCGUCGGUCCCAACCUGGGCUGUUGCAUCAUACUGCGUGGCCAUGGCACCACAUCCGCCACUAUCACCACCACCUACUGAUGCCUGUGGUCUAUCCAUACACAAUUUGUGAUUUAUCUUGAAGAUCUUUACAGAUAAACAUUUAAAAGGGACAAUUUUAUUUAGUGAAACAUGUGACAAUAGAUCAAAAAUUAUUUUAGUUCAGUAUGUUUUGUUGGUAAUUGUGGAAUAUUUUACUGUACUCAAUUAUCUUUCUGUUGCAGAAGUAUUUUGUAGAAGACUACCAGGUUGUUUCUUGCCAGACACUACAUCAUCAAUACUUUAAGAAGCACCAGUGUAAGUGUCUUGAAUAACAACUGAUAUUGCAGAAGUAUUUUGCAGAGAUACAGGUUGUUUCUUGCCAGACACUACAUCAUCAAUACUUUAAGAAGCACCAGUGUAAGUGUCUUGAACAACAACUGAUAUUGCAGAAGUAUUUUGCAGAAGACUACCAGGUUGUUUCUUGCCAGACACUACAUCAUCAAUACUUUAAGAAGCACCAGUGUAAGUGUCUUGAACAACAACUGAUAUUGCAGAAGUAUUUUGCAGAAGACUACCAGGUUGUGUCUUGAAAGAUGCUAUAUCUUCAGUACUUCAAGAAAGGCAACAUCUGUUAUUCUUGUGUAUUUUUAACUAUCUAAGCAUUACUUAUUAAACAAUUUUGCUUUUCAUUUUGGGUAUUCUAUCUAAAAAUGAAUAGCAAUUAAUUCUUUGAGAGUCCAUUGUUCUAUGACUUUUAAGUCAGGGUCCAAGCUGUAGUACUACAUCAUGAGCUCAGCUUACUCAGAUAAGCUGUGAGUGGUAAAUUUGGGCCUAAAUAUGAGAGAAUGCAUCAAUAUGGUAAGUGUGAACUAUAUAAAACAAAUCCUGCAGCACACAGUGCAUAAUGAGAAAAAAACAACUAUUUUUGGAUUAAAACAGCAAAUUUUCAGUGUAUUUUCAUAUGGUUUUUAUGGUAGCAUUCACUGUUUCUUGGUCUCAUUUGAUAGAAUUGAAGAUGUAUUACAGAAAUUAUUUUGUUAGAUUUUAGUACUGAAAAUUGCCAGAAAUUGAGUUCAGAGUAGCAAAAAUAUUCUAUUUUUGCAAAUGUUAGAUAGAGGAUAAACAAAUCACAUCACGUGUCCAAUAUAUGCCAGAUGGUGGGUCAAAUGUGCAUUCCUGAAUGUGCUGAUAUUAUUUAUACAAUAUUACAAUAUUGAGUAACAGUAAUUUUUUUUGUGUGUGUGUGAAUAAAAAUUAUCUGUGAAUAAAAAAACAAAAUCAAAUUCAUCUGUAAAGCCUGGAAAUGUAACUAAUAAAUAGUGUAAAUGUUAGUUUAGCACCAGGAAUGCCUGCAUUGGAACACAUACUAGCAAAAUAGAUAAGAAUUUGGUCUAACAGAUCAAUGUAACUGGUCAAAAACAAGACUCAAAGUGGGUAAAAUUGCCAAUGCAUAAAUAUUGCUUAUACAGGAACAUUCGUGGGAGCAUAACUUCAUAAAUUCUUGAUCAAAUUAAUACUUUUUGUUUUAUUACCUUCAGAAAAAAAAUCUCUACCAUUUCAUAAGAAAAAAUCAUUUUUUUUUUUUAGAUUCUUGGAUUUUGUGGGGAAUUUUCAAAUUGGGAAUCUGAACCUUCAAAGGCUUAAUGAAAAAAAAACAAGAUCGUAAUUUUGUAAUUAAAAAUUUUCAGAAAAAAUUGUUUAAACACAAUAUAAACUUUAUUAGCACUCAUAAGUAGGAAAAGUUUUGCCUGAAUAAAACUUAACAUAGGAUUUUUUCAUAAAGAAAACUAUGUGUUCAGUGUCCAAAAUAAUUAAAAAAAUUCAUGAAAUAGACAUGUGAGUACAUAAGGAAAAUUAACUAUACCACUGUUGUAUGACUAAAGUAUUUUAAAUUAAAUACCUUCAUUUAAAAAAUAUGGAAAAACAUAAAGAACAUAAACCAUAUCAAUGUUCAGAGUGUCUGAAAUGUUUUAGUGAAAAAAAAAGUCUUGUGAGACAUAUGAGAGUACAUACAGGAGAGAAACCAUAUCAAUGUUCAGAGUGUCUGAAAUGUUUUAGUCAAAAAAACAGACUUGUGACACAUAUGAGAGUGCAUACAGGAGAGAAACCAUAUCAAUGUUCAGAGUGUCUGAAAUGUUUUAGUCAAAAAAACAGACUUGUGACACAUAUAAGAGUGCAUACAGGAGAGAAACCAUGUCAAUGUUCAGAGUGUCUGAAAUGUUUUAUUGAAAAAAGCAAACUUGUGAAACAUAUGAGAGUACAUACAGGAGAGAAACCAUAUCAUUGUUCAGAGUGUCUGAAAUGUUUUAGUCAAAAAAGUAGUCUUUUGACACAUAUGAGAGUACAUACAGGAGAGAAACCAUAUGAAUGUUCAGAGUGUCAGAAAUGUUUUGUUGAAAAAAGCAAACUUGUGACACAUAUGAGAGUACAUACAGGAGAUAAACCAUAUAAAUGUUCAGAGUGUCUGAAAUGUUUUAGUCAAAAAACAAGUCUUGUGACACAUAUGAGAGUACAUACAGGAGAGAAACCAUAUGAAUGUUCAGAGUGUCAGAGACGUUUUAGUGUAAAAAGAAGUUUUGUGGCACAUGUGAGAGUACAUACAGGAGAUAAACCAUAUCAAUGUUCAGAGUGUCUGAAAUGUUUCAGUCAAAAAAGAUAUCUUGUGAAACAUGUGAGAGUACAUACAGGAGAGAAAACAUAUGAAUGUUCAGAGUGUCUGAAAUGUUUUAUUGAAAAAAGCAAAUUGGUGAGACAUAUGAGAGUACAUACAGGAGAGAAACCAUAUGAAUGUUCACAGUGUCUGAAAUGUUUUAUUGAAAAAAGCAGUCUUGUGACACAUAUGAGAGUACAUAUGGGAAAUAUACCAUAUCAAUGUACUGUCUGAAAUGUUUUAGUGAAAAGGCAAUCUUGUGAGACAUAUGCGAGUACAUACAGGAGAUAAACUAUAUCAAUGUGCUAAGGGUUUCAGGUGUUUUAGUGUAAAAGUUCAUCUUGUGAGACAUUCACAAGUACAUUCAGGAGAUAGAACAUGUUAAUGUUAAUGUUUCAGGAAUAUUUUAGCUAUAAACUCAUGAGAAUAUAUAAAAGGGAUAUACCAUAACAGUGUUGAGAGUGCCUUUUCGAAGUCAUUUGGCAUCAGGAUUAUAUCAGAUAGGUUCAAGUUUAUGAAAUUCUGUCUUAAAAAAAAUUCAUUUAGGUCUUCAACUCUGUCAUACUGGGACUUGAGUAGCUCAUUCAUUUCCUCGCUGUCAUCUGCGUAGCACCCAUCUCGUUUAAGUAGGUGCUCAAUAUUGGAUUUUGUUCUUGACAUCGAUUUGGUAUAAAAGAAAUAUUUUGGGUUUCUUUCAAUUUCAUUUAUGGCGUUUAGCUCUUCCCACAUAUCUUGACUCCUGUAAGACUCCUUUAGCUUAAAUUCAAUGUUUACUGUUUCUCUGACCAGUAUCUCUAUACGUAUUACAGAUAUGUUGGCCUCUUUUAGCCACUCUGUUAUUCUUUGCCUUUACCUGUAUAAGGAGUGCCUUUCUCUUUCUAGUUUACAUCUCCUUUUCCUUAAAGGAAAUAUAAAAUGUAAUAAUUAGGAAUAACAAAUGUAAAUAUUAUGCUAAGAAUUAUAAAUUAUAGUGUUCUUGCAGACAUUUGUGUUCAUUUUUAUCAAAUAUUUAUAUAGGAUUUUUUGUAAAAGUUUCAAGGAUUUUAUUAUUGUCACUUAUUCUCUUUUCAAAUAUUUUUGAUAGAUUUAAUUUUUAGCAUUUACUGAUCUAUGUAUAAUCUUAACCCUUUCAGGGUUGGUGCUGUACUAAUAUGGCUUGCACGCCAGGGUUGGUGCCGUAAUAAUACACAUAAAUUCUAGCACCUUCAAAUCUAGGAGAGAAAGC